AUGAACUGCAGUCGCAGCAUCACCGUCAACGCCUUACCAAAGCAGUCCGCUGCUAACAUCCUCAAAUCUCUCAAUGGCCAGACAACCCUCAUCUCAGCCCGGCCGGGCUUCAUCGGUCUACAUCAACACUAUGGACACUCAAGACGAGCCUUCAGCACGACAAGACCGACUCUCAUGAGAGAGUUCAUGCCAGCGCCGGAGACAAACAAGAUCAAGCAAACCGAAGCCAUGUGGCAACACCCCAUCUACACCUACGAGCAAAUGGAAGCCGUUCGGAUCGCUCACCGUGAUGUCCGAUCAUGGUCCGACCGCGUCGCUCUUAUAGUCUUGACGAUCAUGCGCUGGGGCAUGGAUUUCUGCACCGGCUACCGACACGACAAGGCGGUCGCUUUGGCGAAGAAAGAUCCCAAGGCCGCUGUACAGAAGAGCACCAUGAACGAGCGCAAGUGGAUGAUACGCUUCAUCUUCCUCGAAGCCAUGGCCGCGGUCCCAGGCAUGGUAGCCGGCAUGCUCCGCCACUUCCACAGCGUCCGGCGCAUGAAACGCGACAACGGCUGGAUCGAGACUCUCCUCGAAGAAUCCUACAACGAGCGCAUGCACCUCCUCACCUUCCUCAAAAUGGCCGAACCAGGCUGGUUCAUGCGCCUGAUGGUGCUCGGCGGGCAGGGAGUUUUCUUCAACGCGUUCGUGGCUUGCUAUCUCGUCUCUCCGAGGACGUGCCACAGAUUCGUAGGAUAUUUGGAGGAAGAGGCCGUGCUCACGUAUACGAGGGUGAUAGAGGAUAUAGAUGCCGGGAAGUUGCCGGAGUUUGAGAAAUGGAUGGCACCAGAUAUUGCGGUCGGGUACUGGAAUAUGCCGGAAGGCAAUCGUACUAUGCGGGAUCUGCUCCUGUAUAUCCGCGCGGACGAGUCGAAGCAUAGGGAGGUGAACCAUACACUCGGCAACCUGGACCAGAAAGACGACCCCAACCCAUACACCUCGAGGUUCAAGGACGAAGACAAGCCGCAUCCAGUCAAGGAUAUCAAGUACCAGAGGCCGACGGGCUGGGAGCGCGAAGAAUCCAUUUGA